UUGUCUUAUGCCUGGAUAUGACUAGAUUUUUUUUUUUUUAAAGCCUUGUUUAUUUAUUUUUCUUCAGAGGUGAAGCUUUCCCAGGAGGAAAAUUUUUAAUGUAUGACUUGCCAGAUGAACUUAAACAGAGUAUCGUAAUGGCAGAGAGAGGGGAGCUUCUUUCACAGAUUCCUUACUUCGCAGAAGCUGGACAGUCAUUUAUGCUGGACCUUGCUUUAACUUCAGUUUUGUACUUUUUUCCUAAAGGGGAAAUCAUCCAGUACACUAAUACUCUCACAAGAGAACUAUUUUGCAUUCUGAGAGGAUCAUGUCAGUGUUUAAAUGAUGACCUUUCAGAAGUUGUUGGACAUUAUCACAAAGGAAUGUAUUUUGGAGAGGCAGGUUUUUUGUUUGGAAAACAAUCCACAUUGACAGUACAGGCUAUGACAUGCUGUGAAAUUGUAGUAAUUGAUUUUGACAAGGUCAGAGUACUUCUUGAGAAACAUCCCCUUUUUAAAAGGCAAAUUGAAGAAUUCCAGUCAAAAUGCUGCAAGACAUUAACGGAGACUGUAGCGAAAGUACAGAAAAGGCAAUUCAAAGACCAAGAAUCUGAUGCUGUAGAGAAUCAAAAAGACCCAUUGACAUUUCAUGGCCGUAGAUAUUCCAAGAAGUCAAAAUGCUAUGUGGAGGACUUUGGAAACAUUCCAAUGUAUGCUGGAUCAGAGGUGGAGACCAUUGAAAUGAAACAAUUCAAAGAGAGGCCAAACACUUUAAUGGAACACAUUAUAUAUUUCUUCUUGAGGACAUGCCCAUCCAUUUUCUUAAUGAGGAGAUCCAUUCUGCCCAGCAGCGAAUUUUAUGUCAGAUGGGAGUUUUUCCGGAGCAUGUUAGCUGUCACCGUCAGCAUCAUUUCCUCGUUGCUUUUUACAUUUCUACACUUCAGAAUGGAGCUGUGGAUUGUUUGUUACAUACUUGGAUUGUUUUGUUGGGUGGACAUCUAUCUCCGCAUGCAUUUUGCUUUCUAUGAAGGCAAUGAUCUCAAAGUUGACACUGUGGAAACAGCAUAUCAUUAUAUCAAAACCGGGUUCCUUAUGGAUUUCAUAACCUGCUUUCCUUGGGAACUUGUGGGUUGGAUUAUGAUUUCACCAUUUAGUGAGAAUGGAUUUUAUGGCAGUAAUGAAGCACUGCAUCUUUAUGCAUGCUUAAGGAUUCCACAUAUUUUUCAGUUAUAUCGCAUUCUCUUUGUAUUUUCAUUCUUGCAGGCUAACAUUGCGUCAGAAACAAACAUCAUUUGUUUUUUGAAGUUGUUCUUAUAUUUUACUCUUUUUGUGCACUUCAGCACUUGUAUUGUCUUUGCAAGUGCAUGCCCUUUAGCAGACUUUUAUGGAAACACGAGUGAUUAUUUAUUACCAGUGAUAAAGCACAACUGUACACCAUUGUCCUGGGUGACACACUUGGACACCUCAUUUGAUGUUGAUUUUGAUACUGUUACUUUCCAGCAGCUGUAUUUAAUGAGCUUGUACUUUGUCACUGCAACAGUAUGUAGUGUUGGAUUUGGGGACAUCCAUCCAUACAUAACUUCAUCGAAAGUUAUCAUGGUUUUCAUCAUGAUUUCUGGGACACUGUUUUGUGGCUGGCUAUCAGGCACUAUUACUGCUUUGCUGGCGAACACAGAUGCUAUGAGAGCUGCUUAUACAGAGAGAACUGAGAGCAUGAAACUAUUCUUGAAGAGCCACAAAAUAACUGGGCCUUUAUAUGACAGAGUAAUUGGAUUUUAUACAUUCCGAUGGAUGCGCACAAAAGGAUUUGAUCAGGAUAAACUGUCUGAGUAUUUGCCCUCUUCACUAGUCAGUGAUAUUUCAACAGUUCUUUAUUCUGAUUUUAUAGCAAAGGUGUUUGGUCUUAAUAUCCAUAGGAAGUCUGAGACAUGUCAUUUGUCUCCUGUGGCGAUCACCAAAGCAGGGAAACUCAAUGGGCCAUUUUUUGAGAAGAUCUUAACAAAGGAGUCUCUGGAGCAAUUAAAAAAUGAUGGAUGCUUCAUUCGCUUAUUAGCCAGAAGUAUUUCGCAAUGCCUGUACAGAGCCGGUGAUCUCAUAUUUAUGAAAGAUGACAUUGCAUCAGAGAUGUAUUUCAUCGAUAAGGGAGAGGUGGCGGUUUUAUCAAAUAAUGAAUCAGCAGUUCUUUUCAAACUAAACCCUGGACAGUAUUUUGGUGAGAGAAGUUUCCUGUUGGGAGAACCAAGACCUACCACAGUAAGGGCUGAGACAAACUGUGACUUGUAUGUGUUAUCAAAGGCAAGCCUUGAUGAGAUAUUGAAGCAUUAUCCUAACAUUUACGAGGAAGUGAAAAGCACAGCUGAAACGAUAAAACAACUGUUACCAAAAGAAGAUCAUCCGAGAAAGAAAUUUACAAAGCCUGAUUCUGCAGCAGAGACUUUACUUCGAGCUGGAUGUGCAAAACUCUAUAGGGAUAAAAUGGCUGAAGAGGAGCACAGAGCUAAACUCCGUUCACAUCCUUUGGUCAUAAGACUGUGCACAUCAAUCUCAUCAAUGCUCAUCCGAUUUUUCCUGAAGAUUUUCAACAACAUGAGAAGUGUUCACAACAAAACCAUUGUUCCUGAGAGCAGUUUUCGAGUGGUCUAUCAGUACACAUCCUGUCUGCUGAUCACAAUUCUUUUCUGGGCAAUAACAUUCAUGCCUGCUGUGUUUGAUGUUAACUGGUAUCUGUUAUUGCUCACACGAAUUGUUGAGUUCCUUCAGAUAUGUGAGGUCUUCCUGAAGUUUCACUUUUCUUAUUAUGAUAACAAAGGAACAUGUAUUUCAGAUUACAGAUCAGCGUCCCGUAACUACAUGAAGAGAAAAUUGGGAUAUGUCUUUGAUAUGGUCUGUUCAUUUCCAUAUGGCCUUCUAGUUAUGCACCAUAUGAAAAAGGAGCCCGCAGAUUUCCUGCCUAUGAUUAUUUAUGUCCGGAUUGGUCACUUGCCACGCAUUAUUUCACUAUUAGUGUUUAUGUGGAAAGAAGAACAAUCAAUAACAUCCAAUGUUCUGUACAUUAGGAUGAUCAAGUACUUCGUACACUCAAUCCUUUUUGUCCACUGUGCGACAGUGCUCUGCAUUUCAUUUGUUGAAAGUCAUGGAGUAAUGUCAUGGAUUACCAAAACAGAGAUCUAUGACUUCACUGAAAUGUAUAGAUAUGCUACGUACUGGUUAUUACAAAUUUACACAACAACAGGAUAUGGUGAUAUAAAGGCAACAAACCUUGGAGAAGUGAUGGCAUGUGUUUUGCUAAUGAUUCUGUCUAAAAUUCAAGUGAUUUAUAAAAUUGGACUUCUCAUCGCUACACAAACAAACAAGAUAACACAGCAGGAAGCCUUUGAGGAAAAACUGCAGACUAUUCAGGGGUACAUGAUGCAUGAGAGAAUCCCAUCUACAUUACAAAAUCGGGUGACGAGGUUCUACAGUUAUCAGUGGAAUCGCACCAGAGGGACAUGCGCAGAGGUUUUAUUCAAAGGCAUCCCUCGCUCUUUGAAAAUUGAGAUUGUGUCAAGAAUCUGCAUACAGCAUUUCAAGAGGCAUCAGUUUUUCUCCCACUUUACUGAACCUGUCCUGAGGGAACUUUCCACGAAAAUUCACUUCCGAUGUUUCCCUGCUGGGGAAUAUAUUUACAGAAAGGGAGACAUUUGCACUGGAAUGUAUGUGAUAAUAAUUGGCAAGGUUAAUCUGUGCCUGGACACAAAGGGUAAAAAUGCUUUUCAGCGUCUCUCUGCUGGAGCAGCUUUUGGUGAUCACGCUGUACUGGAAUCUACACACCGUGAGACUGCUGUAGCCGCAAACUAUGUGGAUAUUGCCAUACUCUCCAAAGACUCUUUGGACAAGCUGCGUCUCUUAUAUCCAGCUGCUGUGAGCCAUGUGCUAAAGAAAGCAUCUGAUAUUCUACAGCUGUAGUAUACUUGUAACGCUUCUUUACUGUGACUGAUAGUAGUUAGUUGAUCAAAUAGAUAGCUGUGUGGUAGGUAUAAGUGCGACUGCAAGUUCAUAUUAUUUUAGGAUAUUUUGUUUAUCUGCUAUGGUAGAUUUUGUAAUGUAAUGUUAAUGUAUAGAGUGAUGCUGCUGAUAAAAGCAAUAGUUGUUAAUUUGUCAUGUUCUAUUUGACUAAAUAACAAAAUUUCCACAUAAAAUAAAAAUCUUCAAAAUUA